AUGACAUUUGAUAAAUUUUCUACAUGCUUAGAUUCAACUACUAUUCGUAUAGAAAAUACAUUAAAUGGAUUUGAUUAUGAAAUUUAUAAACAAAAAGUUAAAGAAUGUCGUGUUCUUUUACCAAUGACACACCGAACAGCACAUUCAACAAGAAGCUCUAACCCCAUUAAUAACAAUUCCAAUGAUAUUCAUAUAGAUAUUGCAAUUGGUUUGAAUGAUUAUGACAAAAAGUUUAUUAAUUCUACAUUGAAUUCUAUUAAUGAACGUUUUGGACAAGAUUCUCGUAUUAUCAUGGAUAAUAUUUCAAUGUUUACAAAAUUAAAUGAUUAUAGUAAUGAGGAAGUAUUGAAAAAUCCUUUAUUAAAUUUAUAUUUCAAUGAAAUGUAUUAUAAACGCAAAGGAGUUAAUCAUAAAAUAUAUGAACGAACUGAUGAACCUUUAUUAUGUUUUGCAAAAUUGGAAAAAGAACUUCCACAAAUUCGUGUUUUAUUAAAAAGUGCAAAUAAUGAAGUUAAACGAAUGCAAGAAAAGAAAACAAUUAAUGAUGAAGUUUGUUUAUUAGAUAUAUUAAAGUUUUUAUCAGUGAAUGGAAAUUAUUUAGUACCUGAAUGGUUAAAAUUAUAUUAA